UUGGGUUUAGCAUCAGACUACGAAAGCCAUUGUAGUAGCAACAGCAAAAGCGAAUAAACGCUGUAAAAUCUUCUUCUAACUAGCAAUCAUUAUCCCAAUAAAUCAGUUCAAUAUGAAGACAAUCAUACUUUUCGCCGGUCUUAUCUGCGCUUUCUGCUUGUUUCAUGGCACCAAGGCCGCACCUGCUGAUACAACUACUCUGGAACUAGAAGGGGACCAGUUGGCCGUGCUGAAGGAUGAACCUGUGGCAGAAUUGAGUCGUCAAAAGCGUGCCACAUGCGAUCUACUGAGUGGAACUGGUGUUAAUCAUAGCGCUUGUGCCGCCCAUUGCGUACUUCGCGGCAAUCGUGGGGGCUACUGUAACGAUCGCGCUGUGUGCGUCUGCCGUAACUGAGAACUGGGUUUCAUAAAUCAAUAAUGUAUACCCUUUUUUCUUUGUAUGAUAAAAUUUCGAUUAUUUACUAAUAAAUUUUCCCAAAAUACUAAUGAGAUUUCAAGAAAAAAAGUUGUUUAU